GUUGUUGGCAGGGGGCGGGGGGGCGGACACACGGUGGGCGGUGUUUCCUGAUGGACAGUUUAUAUAAUGAGCGCCACAGACACCAGGCAAGUAUAUAAAGUGAGGGAGGCGGAGAGCAGCCUCCACUGAGCAACUAGACCUCGGGACGACAAGUCUCACAAGCACUGCAACGCCACACACACACACACACACACACACACACACAUACACAGACACGCGCGCGCGCGCGCACACCGCUCAUCAGUACCCUGCAGUGUGUGGACGGUGAAGACAGCAGACCCGCUGACGCGCGCGCGCACACACACAAACACGCACACACAGAGAGCGCUCGGACCCUGGAUAUCCGUCUUGAUGACAUGUGUUCAGCCUGUGCCCUCGGAUGACCAGCAGCUUCAGGACCUGCACGCUUGGGUUUGCGCUUCUUUCUGGAGUCACUGGACCUGUGGAGCUUGAAGAAGGAUAUACAUAUAUAAAAAUAUAUAUCUGCAGCAUUUUUUUUUUAUCCCUGGCUUGUCACUUUUGACCAACUGGACUAGAAGGGGAACAGGUUGCUGGGAGAGUCGCGCGAGGAUGGCAUCUUGGUGCGGCUUGGUCAUCGCGCUCACGUUGACCAUCCCACGGCAGGUCGCGGGGUCCGGCGUGUUCGAGCUCGACCUGCACGCGUUCAGGAAUGACGGGGGGCUGCUGGCCGACGGCACCGCGUGCAGGCCCGACUGCAGGACCCUGUUCAGGGUGUGUCUGAAGAACUACCAGGCCGUGGUGUCACCGGGGGACUGCAUCUUCGGCAAUGCCAGCACCCCUGUGGUGGGGAGCAACUCCUUCAGCGUGGCGGAGGGCGGCAAUUUCAGCAAACCCAUCCGCCUGCCCUUCACGUUCGGAUGGCCGGGGUCGUUUUCUUUAAUUAUUGAAGCCUGGCAUUCUCCGCUCACGGACGUACCUGCAGACUCAAACAACCCCGAAUUAUUGAUUAGCUUUUUUGCCAUCCAUAGAAAGUUGGAAGUAGGGGAUGAGUGGUCUCGGGAUGUACAGACCGCCAAGCAGAUGGAGCUAAGGUAUUCUUACCGGUUCAUCUGCAAUGAAAAUUACUACGGCGAAAGUUGUUCCAAAAAAUGCACGCCCAGGGACGACCAUUUUGGCCACUACACCUGCGAGCCUGACGGGCAGAUAGCCUGUCUACCUGGCUGGAAGGGGGAGUACUGCGAACAACCAAUAUGUCUAGAGGGAUGCAGCAAGGGGAAAGGCAACUGUUCCAAACCAGGAGAAUGUGUGUGUCGGGACGGCUGGCAGGGACCCUUUUGCAAUGAAUGCAAGAAGUACCCGGCAUGCAAACACGGCACCUGUCAGCUGCCAGGCCAGUGCAACUGCGAGGAGGGCUGGGGUGGACUCUUCUGUGACCAGGAUCUGAACUACUGCACGCACCAUAAACCUUGCCUCAACGGGGCCACCUGCAUGAACACGGGUCAGGGCAGCUACACGUGCACCUGCCGGCCAGGGUUCACCGGAGUAGACUGUGAACUGGAGGUCAAGGAGUGCGACAGCAAGCCCUGCCGGAACGGAGGGCAAUGCGUGGACCUCGAGAGCGGCUACCGGUGCCAGUGCCCGGAAGGGUUCGAGGGGACACACUGCGAGCACAGUUUGUUGACGUGUGCCGACUCGCCCUGCUUCCACAACGGGAAGUGCCGUGAGAAGGACAACGGGCGGAGCUAUGCCUGCGAGUGUCCCCGCGGGUUCACCGGACUGAACUGCGAAAAGAAAGUUGACAAGUGCACCUCCUUUCCGUGCGCAAACGGUGGCCGGUGCCUGAUCCACAGCAACAUGCGGCUGUGCGUCUGCCGGGCCGGUUUCACAGGCCAGAACUGUGAGGUCAACAUCAACGAGUGUGCCCAGAACCCCUGCACCAAUGGUGGUACCUGUGUGGACCACGUAAAUGACUACCGCUGCAUCUGUGCCCCUGGCUUCUCUGGCCACAACUGCGACCGGCCUGUGGAUGAGUGGACUGUCAGCCAGCAACCGGCAGGCCGAUCCUCAGAUCAGUCCCAGGACUUGGCGGUCGACGAAUGCACCCUGCAGCACUGCCUCCAUGGCGGGACGUGCUCUGGUGGCCGCGGCCGGACCCCUAUCUGCAUCUGCCUCAGUGGCUACUCCGGCUCCCGGUGCCAGUUCUACGAUGUAGUUGUGCCAGUCAGCACAACAAAAAACCCCAAUGUGUCUUCUAAACCCUUCCAGUGGGCAGCCGUGUCCUUGGGCGUUGGCCUGGUGGUGCUGCUGGUGCUUCUCGGCAUGGUAGUGGUGGUCUUCCGGAAUGUGCAGCGACAACAUAAUCGAGCUGGUUUGGACCGCGAUGCAAUGAACAACCUGUCUGAUUUCCAGAAGGAUAACCUCAUUCCUGCCUCACAGCUGAAAAACACAAACAAGAAAGUGGACCUUGAGGUGGACUGUGGCUUAGAAAAGUCCAAUUAUAAACACAUGAACUACCACUUGGACUACAAAUCCUCCAAGGAAUAUAAGGACGAUCCGUUGCAAGAUGAUAAGAGUCACAAUUGUGAAAAAUGUUCAGAAGAGAAAACACCACUGAGUAGAAUGUACAGCGAAAAGCCGGAGUGUAGGAUAUCAACAAUAUGUUCCCCAAGAGAUUCAAUGUACCAGUCCGUGUUUGUAAUAGCAGAAGAACGGAACGAGUGUGUCAUAGCAACUGAGGUAUAAACUGCAGAAGAUAACCUAACAAUCACUGUUGAGGAGGAGUAUCUUCUGGACUGUUUACAAAAAAUAAGGAGGGACUGGGAUUAAUUUAAAUUUAUUUUGCUGCUCUUGAAAACUUGAUAACUGGAGAGAGCAGGGAGUCUGCUCCACGAAUGCAAUAGGACUUCUCCUUCAAUCACGUGUUUGAAUGUAUACUGCACUGUGGCGGGAUGGCCAGGCAAGCAUGCGCACAUGCGCCUUUUGGAUGUUUCGCCAGGAGGGGCGUGCGUGCUUGUGCACGAGCUAGUGCGUGUGCGUGUGUGUGUGCGUGUGUGUGUGCGCAUGUGCGUGCGCAUGUUCCCAUCGCCCUAUGGACCUGUGGCAGGACAUCGAUACGAUCAUACUUCGGAGAGAGAGACAGCAGAACUGUAAAUACGUGAGCAGACGGCAAACUGACGGAGGACUCGUUCCCCUCAAUAAGACAUGUCCAUUGUGAGAAUAAUCAGUGACCAAUCAGCAAUGAGCUGACACUCAUGUGGGAGAAGCCAACAGGCAUGUGGGAGGAGCAAGCCACUUCCAGGGCUCUUUCCAGGCUGUGUACUAUGCAAGAAGGGAACCUUUCUCCAAAACUAAGAACGUUACACAGUGCUGGGAACGGACACAGGAGACAGCUCAUAACUUAUGAACGGUUGAGAAUUUUGUCAAUCAUGCAGAAUAACUACUUUUAUUUGUUUUCUAACAUUGAUAAAAGAUUGUAUGCAGCCCAAAUCACAAAGCCUUAAAAUGGGUUUAAGCACUAAAUUUGUGCACGGGUCUUCUUGGAUCUUUUGCACUUGGAAGGCAGUAGGAGGGGGACACUUUUUUUUUUUUUUUUAUUUGAACCUCCAGCAAGAUUCUGCAAGAGACCUACAGAACCACAAUACAUAGUGCAGUGCCAGCAGGAUUGAAGAUGACAUCAAAUUUACUGCUUAUUAUGCAAUGUUGCCCAUACAGUGAUGACAAUGACAAGUGACUAUCGUACCAAGGACUGCCUAUAAUUAGUAUUUAAAUUACACAACCAAUAAUGUUAUUUUUUAAGAUUAGAAUUUCACUAGUUAAUUUAAAUAUUACGAAGCACUGAUCUUUCUAUGUUUUAUAAGAUUAUUUUGUAUAUAAUGUAUAUUUAUAAGGGGAAAAUAUCUGAAGUGUACAAGCUAUUCCUUCAAACUGUGUCUAAUUUGAUGUUCGAAAAAAAGAUUUUUUUUAAACAAUGAAAACUUACCUGGUACACAGUUGUUUCCUGGCCUCAUUAAACACUGACAAGAAGCAGGUUAUUACCAAUCUAGCACUUCAACUGGCCUUCAGAGAUGUUCUUCAUUGUGCCUGCUAAUCUGGACAAAGAAAUGGCUACAUCAGGAUUUUGUGUGACUUUGUAACUCUUGUAAUAAUCACUUUCGUUUGGAGUGAUAGGCAAUCUGUCUGUGUCGUGUAAAAUCCAUGUGCUCGCAGUCAUAGGUGGUCAGUAUUGUACUUGUUUUCAAAAGGUGAACAAGAAUGGAA